AAAGCUGUGUGUGAACUGUCCUCUUCUCCUUCACUGCAAUGAAGAUGAUUGUGUUCGCUUUGCUGGUCCUGGCUGUGGCUUGCAGUGCAGAUGAUAAAAUCAUUGGCGGUUAUGAAUGUUCACCCAACUCGCAGCCCUGGCAAAUCUACUUGACUUAUGAUAACGGUCAGCGCUGGUGUGGAGCAUCUCUGAUUAAUGAUAGAUGGGCCGUUUCUGCUGCUCACUGCUAUCUUGUAGCUAAUCGUCUUACUGUCCAUCUGGGAGAGCACAACGUAGCUGUCGAAGAAGGCACAGAGCAGCGGAUCAAGGCAGAGAAAGUGAUCCCUCACCCGAAAUACAAUGAUUAUACAUUGGACAAUGACUUCAUGCUGAUCAAGCUGAAAGAGCCUGCCGUUUUCAACCAGUACGUUCAGCCCAUUCCUCUGACGACCAGCUGUUCUUCUGAAGGAGAGCAGUGCUUGGUUUCUGGAUGGGGGAAUCUGAUCAACACUGGAGUUGUCUAUCCCGAUGUGCUGCAGUGUUUGAACCUGCCUGUUCUGACAAGAGCCCAGUGUGAGGGUGCGUAUGGAUGGCAAAUCACUAAAAACAUGUUCUGUGCUGGAUUCAUGGAGGGAGGCAAAGACGCAUGUCAGGGAGAUUCUGGCGGCCCUGUGAUAUGCAAUGGUGAGCUGCGAGGGGUCGUUUCUUGGGGUUACGGCUGUGCUGAUUCCGGCUAUCCUGGGGUUUAUACUGAGGUCUGCCGCUACACUGACUGGGUUGCGUCUACCAUUGCAAACAACUAACUAUUUCUCUAUCCGAUUGUGGCCAUUUGAUUACAAGUUAAUUUUCUAAAAACAUAUUAAAUUCAAAUUGGAACCAA